AUGAUAUACAAGUUUUUUUUUUUCGCCCUCGUGGUGGUCUUCCUCCACUGCGUCCAAGAUGUGGCGUCCUACCUACCUGGGAUGAACCCAACGAUCUACAAAAAGGGCGAUAAAGUCAUCAUCAGCGUGAAGAACCUUUCCAGCCGGCGAGCGGUGACUAGCCUGGACUACUUCACUUUCCCACUUUGCUCCGCAGACAACCCAAGCAUAUCUGGCGAGGAGGCGCCGAAUAUUUUCAAAAUCCUCUCCGGGGACCAUCUGCAUACCACCUCUAUACAAACCACUUUCCUCAGAGACACCAGUUGUGCUUUCUAUUGUAGAAUCUACAUAGACGACAACGCGUAUGAUAAAUUAAAGCACCUCAUUCUCUAUAACUACAACAUGAUUUAUUCGGUAGAUAAUUUAGAUAUUUUCCGGGAGGAUCCUCGACGGAAGGGAUUUUACUACACGGGCAUUCCCGUCGGCUAUAUCCAGGAUAAGAACUACCUGUUGUACACGUACUUCCAAAUCACCAUCCUAUACAACAACAACGGUGGUCAGUCGGAUAAGAAUUACAUCGUGGGGUUCGAGGUGGAGCCCAGGAGCGUGAACUUCGAGCAGAACGAGCAGUGCCAACAGAACCAGGCGACAAUGCCAAUGGAGAAAAACAAAUAUGUAACCUUCAAGUACGACAUCAAGUACGUUCAAAGUGAGAACUCCUUCCAACACAGAUCAGAGCACUAUUAUAGAAAUCUUAACGACCAAAGUAUGAUUCACUGGUUUUCCAUAAUGAACAGCAUUAUCUUGAUUAUCCUCCUAUGGUUCUUCAUAAGUUCAAUCCUCAUAAAAGCUUUACAUAAGGAUAUCAACAAAUAUAAUCGAUUAAACACAAACAUAUUUGAAACAGAUGAUAUUGAUGACAGAGGAUGGAAGUUAGUCCAUGGAGAUGUUUUUAGGAAACCAAUAAACUCUACCUUCUUUUCAGCUUUUGUUGGCGUCGGCAUACAGAUAAUUUUCAUGGUUCUUGUCUGUGCAUUCGUUUUACUCAUUGGGAUAUAUAAAUAUAAGCACAGGUAUCGGUACAUCCAAGUGAUGUUCUUCAUGUGGACCCUUAUUAGUAGUAUCUCUGGAUAUUCUUCAUCUCGUCUAUAUAAGUUAUUCAAGAGCAAACAUGUGAAGCUAACAAUUUUUAGAACCUCUUUAAUUUACCCUGUCAUUUUAUUUCUUAUUUUUUUCCUAAUAAAUCUGGUCCUUCAUUAUGAGCACUCCAACACAGCUAUCUCCUUCUCCUCGUUGACGUUCGUGUGCAUUUUAUGGUUCGGGAUAUCUGUACCGCUCAUUUGUUUGGGUUCUUACAUUGGAAACAAGAAGAGCCCCAUAGAGUUACCUGUCCGGGUCAACAACAUUCCCAGACACAUUCCAAAGCAACCCCUCCUGAACUCCUUCUUCGUCUCCUGCUUCCUCGUCGGCCUCAUCCUCUUCGCGACCAUGUACACCGAGCUGUUCUUCCUCUUCACGUCCCUCUGGAAAAGCAACAUGUACUACCUCUUUGGGUUCCUCUUUCUAGUAAUUUUCCUACUCGGAUUGCUGAGCGCUCAGUUGUCCAUCGCCCUGACGUACUACUCCCUCUCCUGCGAGGAUUACAACUGGUGGUGGAAAUCUUUCGUGGCGCCAGGAUCAUCAGGAUUGUUCCUAUUCCUCUACUCGAUAUACUACUUCUUCAUCAAGCUAAGCAUCUCCAGUUUUGCGGAAACCUUUAUUUACUUCGCUUACUCCUUUAUCAUGUCAUACACAUGCUUCAUCUACACUGGCACGGCGGGCUUCUUGGCCUCCUUCGUCUUCCUAAGGAAAAUCUACUCCUCGAUAAAGGUGGACUGA